AUCGAGCCAAACUAUUCCUCCAGGCCCCCAGUCGUACAGCAACUCUAAAGCCAGCAGCAAGUGUUUUUCUCAAAGUCUCUGAGACCGUUUUUAAUAAUUAUUAUUUGGGACAAACUAACUACUAAAAAAGUUGAUUCCCAUUUAGUUUCACCAAAACUUUUUAAAUUUCGUUCCAAAUAAUUCACGUGGAGAAAACAAUUUGAGCACUAGGGAAAUCUUCUUGAAAAGAAGAUCUUCUCGUCGAGUGUGUCUACCACCGCCAUCUUGUUUUGGUUGUUUUUCGUUUGUCUGGGAGAGGCUUUGGUAGAAAUUUUAGUUGGCCAAAAACUCUCUCUCUCUCUUGUCUUUGUCUACGAAAGAAAAUUCUUGUUGAAUAAUCAACGAAAAGUAUCAAAAGAAGAAGAUGCCUUGUUCGGCCUACACACUCUCGUUGGCCACGAUCGCCGCCGUGAUCUCAGUGGCGUUGAUCGCCAUCGCCUUCUCCACGGAUAAUUGGAGUCGGAUUACCAUCGAUCGUCUCAAACUCGAGCCUCAGGUGACUCGAGGCGACUUGGCGUUGCAAGGUGAACUGGAGAGCAACAUUCUGUAUUUCUCCAGAACCAAAGGACUCUUCCGGAUUUGCUUCGAUGACAAGAAAGUCCCUAAAGGAGUUGAGACGUAUCGCUCGCCAGUCGAGACCAUCUGCACCAACAUCGACUAUUACAUCCCGGACAAUAAGGGAGAUACUAAAUCCUUUAGCGAAGAUGCCAUGGCUCGACUUCAUAUGGGACGCGCCAUGAUCGCUCUCUUCAUCGUGUCCUUCUUCUUUGACUUUGUUGCCUUUUGGACUGGAGUCGUCGGCUGUUGGCGCCGAGGAGCGGGCAACAUCACCAGCACGGCCAUUCUCAUGCUUCUCGCAUGUUUGUUUAGCGCUGGCGGCAUGGGUCUCUGGCACGGCGUCGAAUUCUACGAGAACGAAAAACUGGUUGGCGAGCGCGAGUUCCUCCGCCCCAAGGUCUUGAAGGAUGCUUCCAAAAUCGACUACGACUGGUCGUACAUGAUUGCCUGGAUCGGAGUGGGUUUCGCCCUCAUCUCGUCAAUCCUCUUCUCCUGCGCCGCCAUCUGCCUGCGCCGUGAACGUGAAAAGGAGGAGGCCGUCAAUAUGCAAUACCUCAUGCCUGUCUAUCCUCAAAAGCAGCAGUACGCUUACGGCUAUGCUUAUCCUGGACCCUACGCCUAUGGUUCGCAGUACGGCCCGUACAAUUACUGAAAACAACAUCACAAACAAUCAUACAAAAAGGAUCAUCUAAAUUGACUUUGAAGACCAUUUUUUUUCUAUGCAGCGUUUUAUUUUUGUUUUAUUUUUGUCUUAUUUUUUAAACCAGCGAAUCGACAGUAUUUUUAAUCCGGACGAUGCGCUCCCUGGCGGAAUUUGUUUUUCGUGUUUGUUUGAUUUGUUUCCAUCCAUCCAAUUUUUUUACAAAAAAAUGAAACCAGAUUUUCGUCAUAAUAAGCAAAAGUAUCAACCAUGUCGUUUUUUAAGAAAUAAAAUAAAAAUUCCCCCCAACAAUUUUCGGUAGUGCGACGAUGGGCUUACAAUCCGUCGCGCUGGCGGAUGUGUGUAAAUAAAGGAUCCCAUUCUCUCUCCAGCAUCUCCUCAGAAAGAAAAGAAAAUGUUUUGCUCCUCUCUCUGUUGGUAUUCUUUUUUGUUAUCCCCAAGAAAAAAAAAUUUGAAAACCUUUUAACCAUAUUUGAAAGGAGUAAUUAAUGUAAUAGGCUAUGCACAACGCGGUGGAGAAUUUUCACAAUCUUUUUCCUCAACAAAAUGCAUUCUCCCCCCCCCCCCCACUCCCAUGAUUUUGAUGCGUGUUUUUUUGUAACUUUGGUUUCCUUGAAACGAAAUAAACGGCUUUGUGUACUGCCAA